AGUUUUUAUUUCAAUGUGAAGGAUCCACAACCUAGCCUAUAACCCUAAUAUUUCUCUUCCUCCUUGUUCCUGCAUGCCUUCCUGGCCUUUUUCUUUCCUCCCCUUCCACUUACAACUGAGUAUGCUAAAAAUUUGAUAUUCCCUUUCAUGUUUGAUGAAGAUUUCAUCGACCACAUCUUCUUCAUGAAAACUGAAUUACUAUACAGACUACUCUCUUAUAUAAGGUUAACAAGAUAGAAUAGAUUAGGACCACCACCUACAACUUGCACUUGGUACUAUUAUAAUAGAUAGCGACUGUAAUCAUGAUUCGUGAUUCGUCAGCUGUCUAUUCUCUACCACUUCUAACCUAAAAAUAAGUACCGCUUAUUUUACUCAGUCCAUCUUCCUGGGAAUCUUCCAUCUUGCUGAUCUUCAACCUCAGUACUUACAAGAUGAAGAGAGACAUCAAAAGCAAUGGUAGAAAGGUCACUAAAGAGGACACAUCAGGAUUUCUUGAGAAUCGUAUUCAAAACGACUCCUUGUCCUUGUCGUCAAAGAAUAUGAUGUCGUCGUCCUGCUCUCCAAAAGUGUCGUCUGCUAACAAGAAAAACUACAGCGAAGGUGAAAGUUUGGUGGUGGAAGCGACUGCAAAAGGGAAAAGUCCUCAAGAUCCUGCUCAACAUCGUCCUGUCCUAAUUGCGCCAGUCGAUCAAGAUGAGGAGAAUGUCUCAGUUUUCAUCGCUUCUGGGCGCAUGGAUAACAUCAGGAGACGAGAUCAGCUAGGCGACGAUGGAAUGUCAACUUUUUUACCCCCUGGAGCCGAGGACGAAGACUCUGAGGGUCGUGAAGAUACAAGAAAACCUGGCGGUGCUCCUGCUCGUGGUAAGGCUACAAGAAAUCCAUCUUCACAGGCAUCUUCCUUGGUUCCGCUUCUAAAGGGAAAAGUGGACCCAAGACGCUGCUGAAGAUGGAUUUCUCUUACUUCUAAUCGUGGCAUACUGAAAAAAGCUGGAACAACUUCUGUUGAAGAAGAUGAGCAUGUUGGGAUCAUGGAUAACAAGCAGGAAGUGAAUCUGGAAUAUCUUCAAGAUGAACAUCAGAAGAAUCUUCCUGGUGUAGUGUUUAAGGAUGAAGCUACUUCUGUGCGUGUGAUCAAGUCAUCGAGAGGAAAUGACCCGCCUCCAGUGCUGGGUAUGAUGAUGCCAUCGCCAAUACUGGAGGACGAAGAUGCUAGUAGUGCUAGUGACCUUGACGUCGACGAUCAAGAACAAGGAAACGGCGGUGCUGUGAGCAACAAAAUGAGACGCGUCAGCACCUCCACACCUGCUAGAAGAUCUUCAUCAAGCUUGGAGAAAUACACGACCCCGAAUGAUGCAAGAAGAACAACUAGAACCUCAGUAGAUGAUGAGGGUGCUCACGCGAUGCCGGCUGAAUCGCCGAGGAUGAUGCCUGCCGAAGGAGGUGACGAUAGUGGUUCAGCGGAUGACCAUAAUUUGGAUAUGAAUUUUCCUCCAACAGCAGCAGAACCCGCAGGAGCAGGAGCUGAUCAUGAAGAAAUGGCGACCUCCACUCCCACUGAUGAACCUUCGGGAGAAGCGGACAACAAAGUGGAACUCGGAAGGGGAAGUUCCGCAGGAGAUCCUACGGGCAGCAAAGCAGCGGACAACAAAGUGGAACUCGGAAGGGCAAGUUCCGCAGAUCCUACGGGCAGCAAAGUAGAACUCGGAAAAGCUUCAGGCUUCACGGACAUGGAGCCUCAAGUGCCUCAACGAGGGGACGGUGCGACUGAACUAGAGAACAACGAAAAGAAGCGAGAGGGCAUUCAUAACUCUACAGCUGCUGCGGAUGAGUCGGCUAACGAGGGAAACGAAAAUGAUGGAUCACCAAAAGAACGCGAUGAAGAAGAAGAGGAAGAAGAAGAAAAGCUAGAUGAUGUUGAAGUAGAAGCGCCACCAGAUGUUGAAGUAAAAGCGCUACCGGAAAGAAGUUCUGGCAGCACGACUCUUGGCAGCACUCCAAAGAGUCCACGACCAGUUCUGCCAGCGCCGACGGCAACGAUGAUACGCGCCACCUUGCCUGAAGAUGAGGAUGAAGAUGACCACACCGAAACCGUUCAAGAAGGAGCUCCUGCUUCAUCCCAAGUAGAAGCUCCAGUGUCAUCAUCUCAUGACCCCAGAGAAACCGUUGAAGUAAAUGAAAAUUAAGGCUCUCGCCCCUGAUCCAUCUCCAGAAGGAUCGAUCUUGGAGCUUUAUUUCCAUAACGAAUGGAUAUGGAAAACGGCUUCAAGACGAGUCUCAAGAUGGAUUUUUAGGGUCCGCUCUAAGAAAAUGACUUUUACACAUCCAUACUCGUGGGGGAAGAGGAUCAACAUCAGUCUGAGACACGAAAUGAAGCAGAACAAGUAGAAGUAGAGGGAAGAACCUCCAAGGAAGACCGAAGGAAGGACGACCUUUCUUCAACUAAUAGUGCUAGUACUGACAAAAAAUCCAAGAGAAUAACUCUGCGUCUGCCUGAUACUUCUGCGCGUACACGUGCUCAAUCUCGUCGUGGUCUACUACAGAUGAACUUAGCAGGAGUAGAACAAGUAGAAGUAGAGGGAGGAACCUCCAAGGAAGACCGUGACCGAAGGAACAAGGAAGACCUUUCUUCAACUAAUAGUGCUAGUACUGACAAAAAAUCCAAGAGAACAACUCUGCGUCUGCCUGAUACUUCUGCGCGUACACGUGCUCAAUCUCGUCGUGGUCUAGGAGAGAUGAAAAUUUCUUCUAAACUAUCGUUUAGAGAAGCGGCGCCGGACCUGGCUACGACUUUGUCCAAAAGAGAAGCUGAUCUUUCGAUUUCGGAUGUGCAGGAAAACGAGCUUUCCACGAAUUUGUCUGCUACUGAUGUCCCUGAAGAUGUCUCUAGUAAAAAGACGAAACCUGCUGCGCCAAGAAAAGAUCUGUCACAAGAACUCUCGCGAUCGCAUGCUCUACUUCCCACAACUAACAUAGUAGAUGAUGAGCAGCGAGCUGUUGAGAGUCAAGAACAAGAGAAACCUCCUCCAUCGCCUUCUCCAGUAGAUAAGAUGAAGAAGAACAACACUCGUGCUAUAGCCACUUUUCUUUCCGAUUUGGAUGUUGACGAGGAUGAUGAUGACGACGAAGGGGGCUGUACUAGUUUUCAGAAAAAUCGUCCGAGUCAUGGCCGUGGCAUUCAUGACAUUACGAGUUCACCAGGAGAUCGAGAUCUACCUUUAUGGCUUGAUGUGGUUGCGAAAAUUCCAGUGAUCCGUCUACCUACGUACUUGUUUCCCAGCAUCUUCUUGCUUGGCCAAAUUAUUUAAGUGUUUAUUAAGUGUAGUUGUACCUAUUAGUGGAUGUAUGUACCUAUUAGUGGAUGUAUGAAGUAUAUGUAUUUGUACUACUUAUGUAACCUCAACAUCUACUUACAUGAAUUACUAGAUUGUCAGCUUAUUUGAAUUUUGAAGGGAAUAACUAAAACAAAAAGGGCGACACCAAUUCCAAGAUACUGAUCUCGACGACAAGAUAGAUAUUUAUUUUUCGCCAAUAACUUCAAGGUCGUGUUCAUCUAAUACUUGAUGCUGGUAGUUAUGUGGGCAAGAACAGGAACAGAAAGGGGGCUCCUGUCCAGCGGGAUUGGCGUGUCCUACAUAAGAAAGGGAGCAACUACGUGUACGUUCAUAGUAGACUCGAAAUGGUUGACCAAGAAGCCGAGCGCGACUAUCGAAGCCACAGACUGACACAGUUGCAAAAGGAGGCACCCGAUCUCCCCAUAGACAUCCUAGAAAAUCGCGUGAACGAAGAGAUGCUGGCUACUGCGCCUCUACCGGACGACUAUUAAGGCAGCUCAAUAUGUUCUUUGUAUUUCAUGAUAUUAUAAAGUCUAAACAACUCAUUUCAUCUCGCAGUUCUUGUUUCCUUCUUCUUGGAUCUACUUUUAAGAGAAAAUUAUAGAGGCACAAGUAUUCGAAAACUCAAAAUGACCGAGUUACUGACUGAAAUAAGCGAGGUAGCUUAACAUCAAGGCUACUCUUCCUUCCCAUCAGUAUCUCGGAUAUUUUCGUCUGUUACUCGCUUAUUUUAGUUUUUCUGAAAUAAAGAAAUAGAAAUACUUUAUUAGAGAGCUCUCUAAGAUUUUGUGGCGUUCCAGCCGUACUGCAAAAGCGUGGUUCCCUAUGGUAUGAUGGGAGGCCGUGAGACGCAGUUGGUGCUGGAGCAGGUCGCCGCAAGGGAGGACUUCGAAGACUGGAAAACGGAACGCGACCGAGCACGCAAUCGCUUCGAGCGUGCGAAUAAGGGCAGUCUAUACUUAAGGGUAGGUUUUUAAUAUAGGUGCUGUUCCUGGUGUUUCCGUUUGGUGUUAUGCCUCUCCUAAGGGAGACUGACAGGCAUAAGAAACGGGAUAAGUACUCAGAAACAUCACCAAAACCCUCUCUCUAAUAUGCUCGACGUCCUUCGACUUUGAGGCGUACGCAGCACGACUACCGCGAGGUCCGGACUUUCCGUGGGAAAGGAAGCGCUUCAACACAACGUCGCAGCACAACAGUCGGAACGAAUUCAAUCGAGACGACCCGCCGAACCUCAAUGACAUUCGAGAUUUGAUAAGACUUGGCGGUCCUGCCUUUCAUCUCAAGAAUUCUCAGAUUUCUGGUGGAGGUUCUUCUGCUCAUCGUAAUAUCCACGCGGAAGGUGAGUCAACAUCCCACCGGCAGCUCUCUAUUAAGGGUUUCCACAUUACAUUUACAGGCCGCAUCACCAUCCUUGGCCUUUUUUCAAGUACUCGAAAUCUUAGAAUAAGCGAUAGCGAGUUACUGCGUGAAAUAAAAGAGUCGCUACUAUAUUCCUCUUCUUUCAGUGUCUCGCUUAUUGUAAGAAGUAGCUACUCGGUUAUUUCAGUUUUUCGAAUAGAAGAAAGGCGAAGGAUGUUCUGAAAAAUGUAAAAAUGUGGAAACCUUUAACUCUAGUGUUAGUGGAGCUCCUUCUUCUUUUCGUCGUAAUAUUCAAGCCGAACAAGGUGAGUCAACAUCUAGUACAUCCCAGCCAUCGUCCCAGCAGCAACAGGUGCUUCCUCGUCGUGUACGUAUACAGCAAGCAGAAGGUGAGACCAAGGCUGACUAUCGUGAACACGCUUCCUACAUUGACGAUGAAUUUGAUGCCAGGUUGAAAGACGAAGACCUGGAUCUCAUACUCCAUAAACUUAAGGGACGAGGCUUCCAUUUUAGACAUGAUUUACAUUGUUCAUCUUCACUAGUUGUACAUUCAUCUUCAUGUUCUGGACUUGUAGAAGUGUUCUUGUUCUUUCCCAGUACCAUUGUUCUGGACUUGUAGUGUUGUUCUUUCCCAGCCGUAGGUGGAAAUGAUGAGUCAUCAUGAUCAUGAGUUCUUCUUCUUGUCAUGGAUAUAGAUGACAGCCUGCGCUAAUGAAGAGUGGGAAAUCGUCCAGGCUGCGAAGCACAUGGAUCCUUUGGCGGACCCUUUAUUUGACUAUCGGCACCAGUACUACAGCAACGACCCGCACCGAAGAAGUAACGUGAUUAUGAACAAACGGACACGCUUGUGGAGGAGGUCAGAAUUUAGGGAAAAUUAGGGGAUAUUAUGGCUCCCUAAUUUUCCCUAAUUUUCCCUGUGUGGGAGGUUCUUUAAGCGUGUCCGAUUGUUUCUAACGUGAACGACCCUGACCGUUUUCAUCAUCUGAUUCGUCGGGUCGUCGACGGCAAGCCUUACAAGUUUAACACAUCACCCGUGAUUGACUACGUCGCCUCCCAGCUCCGCGAAGAGCAUUACGGACGUCUGCGGAAUGGGGGACACGCUUUUACGCAACGCUACCUGCGGCUUGAGCGUAUGGCGGCUGACAACUGGCUUAACCGUGAUCGCAGACUACGACAGUGGCGGUGGCGAAAGAGAGCGUUCAUGGACCGGACAGGCACCUUCGAUGACAUGAUUCAGGAUUUGAAAGAGGUUGACGGUUUUGAAGGCAUGACCCGGCAAUCUGUGGUGCUCAAGGAGGAGCAGAAGGAACGGCAUACUGACUACAGUGCUCCCCCAGAAGGUCCGAAUCAGAAGCAACCAUUAAGGCUUGAGGAAAUACAAGAAGAACAUCCUACAUACUUACAUUACAUAUACCAUGAUCUUGUUCAUCCCAGUCAACAUCUUGUUCAUCAUCCAAUUUAAUGAUCAGAUAUUAUAGUCUUUGUCUUCCUGCUGCUGCUGGUUAGAGGCUCUUUGAUGCAGACGGAGAUGUUGCUCUCUACUAGGAUCCGGAGAUGUUGCUCUCUACUAGGAUCAUGGAUCAUUUCUGCGAGAAGUUCUAAAGUAGCCAGUGCCAGGAAAUGGAGAAUACGAGGAAACAAGGAAGCACAAGGCGCCGAUGGUGCCUGGCAAAGGCAUAACCUUGGACGAAUUUCGGAAACCCGAAUCGCGAAAAUUAGACAAGUGGGCAAAAGUGUAUCGCUACAUUAAGCGACAUCCGGACAUGGACAAAAAGGAAAUUUAAGGCUUCUUGCACGUUGACCUAUCUGAGAGCAUAUCUACUACCUUUUUCCCAAGAAAAAUAGUCUAUGUCUUCUAUGACCUGCUUACAUUUUCAAGGACGGGAAAAAGGAUCAUAGACUCAUCAUGCGAGCUGUAGAUGGGUCAAGAAUUGGCAACCCCUGCUAAGAUAUUAUGGAAUUGACGAAGAUGCAGCAAAAAAAUGCUGCCACAUUGACCAUAGAAUCGCCUAAAUUCGCCGCGUUUAAUCCGAAGAUGCACUUCUAUUCCCAACCAGCCGAAGGGUCGUCUUCAUCUUCAGAUGCUGGAGAGGUGGAGACGAUAAUCAUUAGGCCUCCGGAAGGUGGACGAGGUGAAGAACACCAGGAUUCAAAUUCAUCUUCGCCGAAACUAUUCUACUUACAGCAAAACGACGAGUCUAGAAGUUGUACAGCGGAGCAGCAGGAGGACAAAAACGACGAAGGAGCCGCUUCUUCAGCUGAAGAACCUUCUAUCAAUUCGGCCCUUGGAGCCGCAGAAGCAGAUCCACCUUCCAGUGAUGAAGAUGUGAUGACUUUAGUCCCUCAUACUCAUCAUCCGCGUCCUGAGGGAGGGGGGAAGUAUGCGCAUCCGCCUCCACGUGUUUCCUUUUUAAGGCUCCAAGAAAAAGAAAUCCAUCUUAGCCAGCAUCUUGGUGCUCCCGUUGGAUUCUGCUUGAGGGAAAAUAUAGCGAGCAUCCAGGAGGUGCUCCACGAGAUGGAUUUCUUCUACCUUUAACUCUUGCAGCAUUUCCUGUUCGAGGCACGACGCGAGAGGGAUUCCGCGCUUCUGUUGCGGCAUCUAGGGCAUCGGGUGCAACCGGCGGGUCUCGCAGUCUCGACUUGGGUCUCGCAAAUAUGAACGCGCUGAUGCGCGAUUGGCAGAUGGAGGAUGAAGAAGAUGACCGUAUUCGAAGGACAAAAGCUGCUGCCCUACUUGCUCGUCUAUCGGGUGGAGAAGGGGAGGAUGUUAAGGGUUUCCACAUUUUUACAUCCUCCAGCGACAUCCUUGACCACAUUACAUCCAAGUGGAAAGUAGGUCCGGGAUGAUCUGAAGAAUGUAAAAAUAAUUGCGCAGGAGCCUCUAAAGAUGUCUAUGCAGGCCAUGAUAGUGGUCAUGACCACCUGCAUGAUAGUGCUGUUGUUCACGCGGCCCUGAAUAAAGCAGCACCAAGACGUGUGGCUGAUAGUGGGGCAUUCUCGGAUGACGAUGCAAUGGAUCCAAUGACAGUCCUGAAACAGGAACGCGAACUAGAGCAAAUGAUCGAGAAAGAAAUGGAGCAAAGAACGUCCGCUUUACUUACGGCUCAUCAAAGUCAAGUUAGUGAUAGUAGUUGUGAUUCAUUUUUAUCUUUUGCUUUUCUUUCCAAUUUGUUCGUUUUAGUUUCCUCGGGACAACUAGCAGGCUUCUUUCCCUCAGCUUUGUUCUUGGUGCAAAAAAGGAUUCAUUUGAUAGAUCCAGCCCACGCCCAUCUUCUUGUUCAUGUAGCCUGUAAUUGAGUCCCUUCAUCGACGAAAUAGAUCGUAAGUUAGUCCCUUUUGACCUCUACAACCUGGUGCUAAUGUACUACCUCUACAACCUGGUUCUAAUGUACUUGCAGAACAAAAAUUUGGUACAACAGGAGGAAGCUCCUCUCCUCGUGGAAGUAUGUUGUAUAAGCAGAAUCAGAUGGAACACGAGCGGGAGGAAGUUGAGAAUAUGCACCUGCCCCAUUUGUCUCUCCGGCACGAAGAUGCGCGUCGCGCUGUACUGCGCAAGCAACUUGGUGCUCUGGUAAAUACUGGCUCAGCUAUUGCCACGACGUUUCCUGCAAUGCACAAAAGAGUGAGGGAUUACGUGUAUCACCGCUUGUACCUGGAGGAUGCUUUGCGACGACCGCGCCUGAAAGCGUCUGUGACCGUGAACAGCACGAAGAUUCCACCCAGUAUUCUGUUCAAAGACGGAGUACAAACAGACGCUUUUUUGUCCGACCCACUGGACAGAUGGAAAAAUCUCGAUCGACCACAAGUUUCGGUGCGCGUAUUUGAUAUCAGAACGGGGAAAAUGGUUUUGGAACGCAGAGGCCGCUCAGAUGCGUCGAUGAAGCAGUAUCGCGUGAAAGCAGCCUACGAAUUGCAGUCGCUUCCUAGGAAAAUGAAGGAUCGCCUGAACGAGCGCUCAGCGACGAAAAAGAGCUUCGCUACUAGCACCUACACGGGAGUCCGUGCAUCGAGGGGCUAUGGGGGUGGCGAACCUGCUUACAUCGGCAGUGGGCCCGGUCAUCAUGAAGCCUACCUGUCAAAGGAAAAAAGAGAGCAACGCCGCUUGGAAAAUAUCGCUUACAGAAGAGAAACCGAAGAAAGGUUAAGGCGACUUAACUUCUCCUAUAAUUCAUCUACUUACACGUAUAGUCUAUCUUGAAAUAAGCGAGCAGUAGCUAAUCGAAUUAGAAGAGUCACUACGUUCUUGUAACAUCAUAGCUCGGCUAUUCGUGUAAGAAGUAGUUACUUACUUGCUUAUUUGAGUCGACUACGCCCGUCUACGGGGAGACGAAGUCGCGCCCAUGUAAUGUAAUGCAAUUUCAGUUUAUCGAAUACCUAAGAAGCAUCCAUCUUGGAACCGUUCUCUUCAAGAAGAUCUUGAUGAAAGCGUUUUCUACAACUUCUUCAGCUCUUCUAAAGAGGAACAUCUUGGUCAUCGGUUACGAGCCAUUUUUGUCGGCGACGGCGCCUCCCGAAGUGUCCAAACUGAAAAAUUUUCGCCGAGAUAUGCUGCUACCGUUGUACACCACCAAUGUCUACGACAGAAUCCGGAGACAACAAGCUCGUGCGGUUAAAUUACUCGGAAAUGCAUAUGUUAAGGCAGCUCGCCGUAAAUAUUCAUCUUAUUUAAGGAGGUCUUGCUGCAUCUCUGGAUUACACGAUUUCAAGGGGAACACAUGCCAAAGAUGCGGUGUUAGAUGAAUAUCGGUAAGAUCUAAAUACGACGGGAUGGAACUUUUACCCCGUGAACUGUUGCAUUCGCGUGCCGAUGGCCGUAGCGAUCUGCGAAAAUUCGAAUACAACUGGGAUCUGAAUGGUUCCCAUAUCGGUGCGGCUGAACCUACCCGACAGAUGAAUGCCGAUCGCGUUUGGGCAGAGCAAAGAUUGUCUAUUAAGGCUUGAAGAGGCAGAGGAAAUACAUCUUCUGAAUGACAUCUUUGUCUUUGUGGUCUUCCUGUUUGUUCCUGCUUUGUCUUCCUGUUUGUGAAAAGUAGAACAGCAGGAGGGGUACUACGGAGAUGCUCAGGAGCAGGAUGCAUUUCAUCCGUGGCCAGGUCUACUCUAAGUCUGGGUACGACUCCACGCCCAACAGUAAGGACCCUCGAGUCCAUUUUUUGAGACACGUAAUGGCAAAGUUCCAAAAGAAGUCGAGGGCCGUACUCCAGCCCCCUUGGGAUUUUGGGUAUGAAGGUGGUUGUCCGCAUUCCCGAACGGUCGGGAUCAUGCGAAACGGAACCAGCUCCUUUCCUCCCAGGAUGACCCGAGCACCAACAGGUGUGGACCUAGUUGCGCACAACAGGACUGCUUCUGGAGCCAUGUUCGGCGAGAAGCACAAGGUCCAAUGGCUCGCGCGUUUGACGCGUUUCAGAGAAACAGUUAAGGCUCAGUACCAUUAUAAUACUAAUUUAGUAUUAAUCAUAUGAAAAUAGUAAUUAAAAUUAUUCAUUUGGACGGACGAGUCAUUCAUAGUCAGCUACAUUUCUCGCGUUUUCCUCCUUGAGAUUUUCUUGGAGAAAUGAAGGGACUAUGAAGAAAUGAAGCGCGUUGCGCUGUCUAACGCAGCGUCUGCUUUGGAGGUCGGCAGCCAUCGUCUUUGGAAACGCUAUCGCGUAGAUGCGGACGCAAACCUGUUGAAAAAAAGGGAACAAGCCUUGCAGCACGUUCAAGCAGUGAAUCGGAACAUCAUGCAAGAGUUGAUGACUAUCGCAGCGAUGAAGGGGACAUCAGCAUCAGGAUCAGGGACUCCGAAGAAAGAGAUCAGCAAUAUUAAAGGAGGUCCUGGUGCUAAAAAGACUAGUAUGAAAAUGAAGAAAGGUCAACAUCAUGCUCAUCCUAUGGCUCAGUUGUAUGGUCACGACGAAAACUCAGCUUAUGUGGACACGAUUUCGCAUAGUUCUAGUGGCGAACACGAUCGCAGCAGUGGUGUCGUCGAUCACGGGCCUAUGUCCUCGGUACCUUACAACGUGCUGGCUUCGACAACACCGGACUUUAAUCUAUCCUAUACUGAUGGUAAGUCCGCGUAUGGCAUUGCAGACAACAGUGGAGAAAGCAGUAGUUCUUCAGAAGAUGACGAUGACGACGACGAUGGACAGCAAGAACAAAGGCCUCAAGGCGAUGAAUUGCCGCAGCAAGUUGUAUUAUCCCCGCUAAGUGGAGUGGAAAACUCAUCUUUACCAGGCUCUCCUAUCGGCGGGAUGACUAUGCACGACGAACUGAGCAGUGUCGCAGAUUCCGAUGACGAGAAUCAUGAAGAAGCUAAUGAAGAUCAUGAUAUUGAGCAACAUCUUGAAGCUGGUGAAGAAGAUGAAGAUACUGCUCAAAGAGGUUCUCAUCAUGUUACUUUUGAAGGCGAGGCUCCUAGUCCACCAAUGGAUAUUCAACAAGGCACAGAGAUGUCAAUGACAUCAGACAAUCUGCGUCUGCAACGCCAAAGCCGACUGCUUACAGCAGCUGCGCAACGUGGCACUGCUUCUCAAAGAAGAUAUACAACGGAUAACCGCCUUUCAUCUAAGAUGAAUGCGAGACAGCGCCGCUUAGGAGAGAGCAUGCUGCAUUUCGAAGGGCUUGACGAAGUGAUGCAAGAUAUCCAAUUGCACUUUUUGGGAAUGGACGCGAAAGGCAUAGCCCGUGGCUUCGUACGCCGCAACGCGGUCGAGCGUAAAACGUUUACGGGGUUUAGAAAUCAGGCGCAAGUUCAGGAAUUGUCGGACAGGGAGGCGGCAUUUCAGCAUGACAAUCCCCUAGGCGGAUAUAGACGUCGUCCACGUGGUCAAGGAACGUCUACGGGGUCGAAUUCGAAUAAGAACAACAACUUCGACGCUUCUCCUGGUUCAUCUGAAGGAAAUUAUAUCAGUAGUGGUCUGUAUCAACCAGACGAAGAUGUAGAUGCACCAAAUUAUAAUGGAGGAGGUGCCAACAACAUCCAUGUGACUGGGAAAAAUGAUCGACGCAUUCCUAGUCAUUCUAGUGUAGGCAAGAAGAGUACAGCUUCCAACAAGAAGAGUGCGAUGUCUCAAAUGGGUUCGCUCUUUUCCUAUCCGUCUGCUUACUACGGCGACCAUGAUCUUCUCGCUGGACAGAGUGGCGUCUCUACUGCUACUGUACUCCCUAGAAGUUCUGUCGCUGCUUCAGAUUUGGGUUCUGUGGGUCGUGGGUCGACGACACACUUGGAACCUACUGGCAGUGGAAAGAAGAAGCGCAAGAUGGAUGGCGGAACUACAACUGGAACUACAUCAAUUGUUUCUCCUACUCUCUCUCCGGCACAAUCUCCCCGGCAGGAAAAUUUUGAAGACCCUGAGAGAUGUCCCAGAACGAUUCGCGGUCCAUAUGCAAAGCGCAAGAAAAACACCAUGAUGAAUGCCCCUAGUGUUUUCUUAACGCCAGAACAGCGCAGAGGGGCUCUCGCUGAUACUCUGCACUACAUCCGGGACCGUAAUACUGCUCUCGCCGUUUGCCAAAAUGAAAUCUUCAGACUGAAGACUUAUGCUGCGGACACGGGAUCGCAGAUGCAUGAGGGCUUGAUUGGCAUGCUCAGCGCAGUCAACGAGAUCCACUACAAUGGUGGAGGGUUAGAAGGCCUCUUUACCGAAUUCAACCGAUGCAAUCAUCUUGCUACAGACAUCGUGGAUGGGCCUGGCAUUUAUCCACGACCAGACUCGAAAAUGCGCAACACCGAUUUAUCCCCAGCGGUGAACGAUUUUUCGGAACGUGUCUCCACUGAUGUGCUGUGUUCUCCCUGGAUCAAUUAAGGCUUGCCCUAAUCCAUCUUCUGAAGCAUCCUGAAGCUGAGCAAGAGGCUUUUUCUUUCCAGGAGAAAAAGAGAACAGUAAUAUAUUAUGCGUCUCUAGAAUAAAGAUGGAUUAGGAUGUUGUUGCGGUCUAAAUCAAUACUACUACUGGUGUCCACGUCCACGAUAUGGGACCCGGAGAACGUGUACAUCAAAGCGGAAACAUGUUGGGAGGAGCAGGGCUUCCAAAACGAGGAACUUUCAGAUUCUACGAGGAGCAACAAAUAAGUGGAUCAUCUUACCUACAACAAGCUGCACUUCAUCAAAACCAAAUCAUGAUGAGUCAACAAAGUAGAACAAAUCAAAAUCUUCGUCCGGGGGGUCCACCUCGUGAAGACCGUCACUUUAAUAUUCAUGCUGAAGGUGAAGCUGCUCAUUCAUUAUCAUACAAUGGAGGCUAUGGCUACAACAAGAACAACUACUCAACAUCGGCUAGUCCUCUGCAGCCAUCAAACACUUUUGAUGGUCCUCUUCAAGGUCAACAAGUAUCUGUUGUAUCUCCAGGAUCAAGCAAGACUUCUAGCAACACUUCCUCAAUGUUGAACACGAAUUAUGCCGCUUAUGGUGCCUCUUCCAGGCCACCUACGAAUGGGACGCGUCGUACCACAACGUUUGAGCAUAUUGAGCAUACACAUCGAGGUGACACUGUGAAUCCCAAUUUUUUGGACAAAGUCACCUGGUAUGAGGAUUUAGCUAUGGCUCUAGACGAAGCCGCUCUGUACGAGUGCGUCUUGAUGCUCACGAACAGCGACAAUGUCGAAAGGGAUGUGAAUCUAUUGUCGAAGUACGUCUACGGGGAAGCGGACAAAGUGCGAGUGGCGAAUGAGAAACGCGAUUAUAUGGAAGCCUGUCGACACGUACGCAGCUACGAGCAUGAAAACGACGUGAUGCGCGCUCGUCGUAUGUCCUAUAUGAUGAGAAAAUCCGCUCUCAUCGGAAUCACCCCACAGCACAGUGUCCAAGCCACCAAUGCGGAGCCGGAUCAUUACACCAGUUACUACACACCGGCAGGCGCGAAGCCGGACAGAAUUCACAUAGUGAGGAACGGCGCGACAACAGCACAACUGAGUAGGAAAUCCAAACACAUGGAUAUGUUGAACAAUAUUCAAAUGAACGCAGCCGGUGCAGCUCAACAGGAGAGAGCUCCAACGAUCACAUUUGGUGGUGUAGAAUUUGCCUCAGAGCAGGACAAUAUUAAAGGACCUGCUGCUGGGGUGCUCCCUGCACCUCAAGAAAGCUUUUUCGGAUUAGGACCGAAAGACGAGCUACAGCAGAGUGGGCAACAGGUUGUAGACGAGGCAACGUUGCUUUUGUCUGUAAACCCCAACGGGAGCGCAAGUGGAGGUGGACAAAGAAGUAUGCUGCUUUCUAAAAACCCCAUGCAGGCUUCAACGACUGAAGAAACGUCUUCGAUGAUGCCCAAUGCUAAAAAUAACUCCACCUCCUCGAUGUUGAACAAGUCAUCUCAGUCUGCUGGAAGUGUAAAAAAUGUUGCUGCGAGCAGUCGUGCUGGUAGCAAGAAAAACUCUUCUUCGAAUUCCAUGGUUCUGGCCGGAUCUGGAUCCUCGGUCGGAGGACAGACUCAGACUCAGUCUCAGUCUCAGCCUCAGCCUCAGUCUCAGUCUCAGUCUCAGUCUCAGUCUCAGUCUCAGUCUCAGUCUCAGUCUCAGUCUCAGUCUCAGACUCAAUUAG